AUGGUCGGCAGUGGUUCUAGGGUUUCGAUUCCGGCGAGUACUCGGAAAUUGAUUCAGAACAUCAAGGAGAUCACUGCUGGGAACUACAGCGAGGAUGAGAUUCACGCAAUGCUUCAUGAAUGUAACAUGGAUCCUGACGAGACCGCUCAACGCUUACUUCUUCAGGAUCCAUUCCAUGAGGUUAAAAAAAAGCGUGAUAAGAGAAAAGAGAACCUUAGCAACAAGGAUUUUGUUGAAUCACAAUGGAGAUCUAGUGGCUCAGGCCGUGGUAGCAGGGGUGGUCGGGGGAAUUUCUCCUCUCGUCAUUCAUCUCAUGAUGGUGCUGGUGCAAAGAAUUCUUUCAGAAAAGAAAAUGGUCCAAAGCAGGCCACUGAUCCAUCAACUUCAACCUCUCAAGAUAUAAAAACUAAAGAGAUUACUUUGGUGCCAAGCCCCUCAGCUGUGAUGGAUAAGAGUUCUGUUGGUUUGACAUCCGGAAGCUCUGAUGUUCAUCAUCCUUCCAACCUACCAGCUAGCUCAGGUCAACUUAAAGCUAGUGGGUCUUCAGUCCCCUCGAACAACCUUGAUGGUGCGCCAUCUUCUGUUGAAUUAAGCAAAAAGCGUGUAGCAGUUGGCUCUAGGAAUGUGCAUACUGAGCAGCAGUCGGCUGAUUCUCUGCCAGUCCCUCGUCCAUCCUCUUCUGAAGUUCGAUUCACAACUUCAAAUCCUAAACCAGUGAGCGAACAAUCAGCACAUGAACAACACAUUGGAGAAAGCAAGUUCCAUGCCAGAUCCCGUGGGGUUGGGAAGACUGCCAUGAAUGAGACUUAUGUUCCGAGGCCUGCUUCAUCUCACAGCAACAGCACGGGUAGUCGGCCUUCUUCUAACUACAGCAAUCGGUCACAUCAGACUGUUGGUGCUCAAAGAGGUACUGGUUCCACUAAGGAAUGGAAACCGAAGCCAGUGAACCAUAACACUACCCAAGGUUCUUGUGCAUCAUCUACUACUGAAGCUCUUGGAGUUCCUACUGAAGCCGGUGACAAAUCUGUUGAAGAUGUUAUCCCUUCAGCAGAGGCCACAUCUAGAUUGCAGAGGCAGCUUGAAGACUUGCAGAUUCAACGCCAGCAUGUUAUUAUUCCAAACCAUAUCCUUGUUCCUGAGGCUCAACGAACCAAGUUAAGCUUUGGAAGCUUUGAUGCUGGCUUUUCUAUAACAUCAAGCUCAGUAGCUUUUCCGGAGAAUGAAAAGAGAUCUGCACCUCUCUCUCAGAAUUCGCAGGAGGUUGAAGAAAGUUUUGAGGAGGAGGAAUUUAGUCACCCGACUACCCAUUCGACUGAAAAAGAAGAGGACAAUACUGUGUACUCCGAGUCGCCUUCACAAGUUCCAGAUGAUAUGGUUGGUGAAGGUAUUAUUGCAACAAAUGCAGGUCAAGAUUAUGAUGUCUCCAAGCAAGAGAAUAUGUUGGAGUCCGAAAGCAAUCGAAACUCUUUUGAUCAUGUUCCAAGUCAUAUUAUCGGGCUUGUUCCUCCAGCUCCUGGGAGCCAGAUUCCACAAUUUGAGAAUGCUGACCCUCAAGCACGUGAUACCCUUCAUAUUCCCAAUUUUAUGGUUCAACAACCAUUUGAUACAGCGAGUUACUAUGCUCAAUUCUACCGCUCAGGCCCUGACAGUGAUGGCCGUGUUUCUCCCUUUGUUUCCCCAGGGGUUGCGUCCAAAUAUAAUGGAAAUGUUACUGUAUUGCCGCCGCAUUCAUCUCAAACCAUGCAAGAGGGUGGAAACAACUUGGUUCUAUCUACAGCUAGUCCAACUCCACUGGUAACUCAAGCUGCUGGGCUGAUGCAGAGCUCUGUACCUGUCACGCAACAGCCUGUUCCUGUUUUCCGACCCCCGGGAUUACAUAUGUCGCAUUAUCCACCAAAUUACAUGCCAUACGGACACUACUUCUCUCCAAUCUAUUUACCUCCCCCGACAAUGCACCAGUUCUUAAGCAAUGGUGGAUUUGCUCAGCAACCUCAGGCAAGUGGUGUAUAUCCUGCACCCCCACCCCCUGGAGCUGCUACAGGAGGCAAAUACACACUCCCUCAUUACAAGCCCGGUACUAAUGCAGGAAACAUGACUCAUGUUGGUAUGCCUGGUGGUUACGGACCAACAUAUGGUUCCUUCCCAGCAGGAUAUAAUCCCACCUCUGCUGCUUCAGCCGGGAAUUCAACUUCCAAUGAGGAUCUCAACACGUUGCAGUUGAAGGUAAACAACGGCUACAGCACAACAGGGCAACAGAGUGAAGCAUUACCUGUAUGGAUUACUGGACCAGGACGAGAAGUGCCAAGCUCUUUCUACGGUUUACAGCACCACGGGCAACACGUGACUUAUGCUCCAGCACAAGCUGGUCACGUCACGUUCCCAGGUAUGUAUCACCCGGGACAAGCGGUAACAGCAGCGGGAGUUCAUCAUCCGCUCUUACAACAGUCUCAAGGUGGUGUUGCUGGAGCAGAAAUGGUUGCACCAUCGCCUAACGUUUUCCAACAGCCUCAGCAAACACAGAUGAACUGGCCAAGUAAUUACUGA